CCUGAGUUGGGCGCUGCCCCUUUAAGAGCUCCUCUUGCCUUGAUCUUCCUGCUGGGGAGCUGGGAAGGUGCUGCCGCGGCGAGGAGGCGGCGAGGCGAGGCCAGAGUUGGCCCUCGGAGAUCAGACCCGGGAUUGAGGAAGGCAGGAUCCCACCCUCUCUGCGGCAGCUGCGAGCAACGGUAUGGCGUCCCCCUGGGGCACUCGGAGUCCUCUUCAGGCUAGGCGAGGGGAUCUUCCAACCACGCGGCGCCCUAAGGAGUAAGUAGCCAAGGCGCAGACUCUGCCUGGCGCAACCGAUCCCGCCAUGGGAGCGCAAGUCUCGAGCGCAAGGGGGAUCUGAAGUGCCUCGAGAGCGGAUCGAGCGCCUGGGAUCGCCGCGGGAUCCGGGCCGCCACCUGUUGCUCGGAGCGCACAGCCCCCCUCGCUGCGCGUCCGGGAGGGGGCGGCCGCGGCGGCCGCGUCUCCUGCUCUCCAAGCGGCGCUGCGCCUCCAGUUGCGCCUCUCCGGGAAAAUGGAGAGCGACGGACUUUCCAGCGCGGACCAGAAGCUGAUCCGAGAGAGCUGGGAGAAAGUGAACAGCAGCCCCAUCGAGCACGGCUUGGUCUUGUUUACCAGGCUUUUUGAUUUGGACCCUGACCUCUUGCCCCUUUUCCAGUACAACUGCAGGAAGUUCUCUACUCCUCAGGAGUGCCUCUCAUCACCUGAGUUCCUGGAACACAUUAGAAAGGUAAUGCUGGUAAUAGAUGCAGCUGUGACUCAUUUGGAGAACUUGCAGUGCCUGGAAGAAUACCUUGCCAACCUGGGUAAGAAACACCAGGCAGUUGGUGUGAAGGUGGAGUCUUUUUCGGCUGUGGGCGAAUCCUUGCUGUAUAUGCUGGAAAAAUGCCACGGUCCCGCUUUCAAUGUGAAUGUGCGUGAGGCCUGGACCAAGCUGUACAGCAUUGUGGUAAAAGCCAUGAGCUGCGGCUGGGAUGUUCCCAGAAAAGUGGAAUAAACCUGGACCCAGGAUGCUUGAGUGGGAACAGCUCCGAGGAGAAAGCAAGCUUGCCUUUCUAGCUCUGUGUAUUUCAGAGUAAUCUCAACAUUUCUGUCUCUCUCUCUCGUUUU